GCGGCGGUUCGGUUGGUCAGACGCCGCGCCGAGGAGAGGGAGAGUGGCGGCCCGCUCCUGUUCUCCCGCUGCCCCGUCGCUCCGCCGGACGCUUGGCCUUUGUCAAUCUGGUACACCAGGGGUUGGAAAAACCACACUAGGCAAAGAACUUGCAUCAAGAUCAGGCCUGAAGUACGUUAAUGUGGGAGAUCUAGCUCGAGAAGUCUGAUCAGCGGAUAUCAUGGAGUCUGGCAAGAUGGCGUCUCCCAAGAGCAUGCCGAAAGAUGCACAGAUGAUGGCACAAAUCCUGAAGGAUAUGGGGAUUACAGAAUAUGAGCCAAGAGUUAUAAAUCAGAUGCUGGAGUUUGCCUUCCGAUAUGUGACCACAAUUCUAGAUGAUGCUAAAAUCUAUUCCAGCCAUGCUAAGAAAGCUACUGUUGAUGCUGAUGAUGUACGACUGGCAAUCCAGUGCCGUGCUGACCAGUCUUUCACUUCUCCACCCCCGAGAGAUUUCUUAUUAGAUAUUGCACGACAAAGAAAUCAAACCCCUUUGCCACUGAUCAAGCCAUAUUCAGGUCCUAGAUUGCCACCUGAUAGAUACUGCUUAACUGCCCCAAACUAUAGGCUUAAGUCUUUACAGAAAAAGGCACCUGCUCCUGCAGGAAGAAUAACAGUUCCGAGAUUAAGUGUUGGUUCAGUUUCUAGUAGACCGAGUACUCCCACACUAGGUACACCGACUCCACAAACCAUGUCUGUUUCAACUAAAGUGGGCACCCCAGUGUCCCUCACAGGACAGAGGUUUACAGUGCAGAUGCCUGCUUCUCAGUCCCCUGCUGUAAAAGCUUCUAUCCCUGCAACAUCAACAGUUCAGAAUGUUCUUAUUAAUCCAUCAUUAAUUGGGUCCAAAAACAUUCUUAUUACUACUAAUAUGGUAUCACAAAAUACAGCCGAGUCAGCAAAUGCACUGAAACGAAAACGUGAAGAGGAGGAUGAUGACGAUGAUGACGAUGACGAUGAUGACUAUGAUAAUAUGUAGUCUAGCCGUGAUGCAUGCAACCUGUGUUCUUGGACUUGGAUCCAUUGUACUACAAUUUAAAAAGCAUGUUAGAUGUUUUAAAGCUGUACUUCAGAAAGUGGUAUUUCAUAAGUAUACUUUGCUUUUUGAUUAAAAUGUUCAGUUUUACUAGAACUAGUGAUGGUUUUUCAUCAACCUUUAUGCAUAAAAAAUAAAAUUGUCAUUUAUCAGUUUGA